CCCCACCACUCGGUGGGGGUAAAUUUCCUUCUUUGAUUUCAAAAUUGUGUUCACAUCACAGUCGGGUGUUGUCGGGGUCAAGCCUUUAUGAAGAACGAUGGCAGACCUUUGUAAAUAAAAAAAGAGAAUAAAGAAAGGAUUAUUACAGUGACCAUCCAGCCUGGUUGCUGUAGCCACAGAGGAAUUUUCAAGGACAAGAACCAGUGCUGGUAAAACUGUGGUCUCGUGUGGUUUUCCAUACCGGCUCUUGGCAAGGAUUUUCAAGAAAGGAAUAUCAUCUCCAAAUCAUGAUGUGCCAAUAAGCUCCAGUUAGCUGUGGCCUUUUCCCCAGGCUGUAGUCCUGCAAUCUGAAUCCAGGAGAUGCAGCUCUGAAUCCAAUAUUUCAGAAGAAUGAAGAUGUUAGUCAACUCUGAAAUAUAUACUUAUAAUGAAAUUAGUAAUAUUCCAUGCAAAAGAUGUGAUAUUGGGGAUAACUUUCCGGUACGUAAAUCGCACAAAUAUUCCCCUUUCCUAGACUGCAUAAAGAAUAAACAACUGAGAGGCGUCUGUCACACUGUUUUUACGCCGGAGCUUAUUGGCAUGAGACUGUCCGUCGACGCCACCAAAAUACGAAACAUUGAUAAUGCGGGAGGUUCGUCCGAGGAAUCUGAGGCUCUCUCAUUCGAGCUUCUUAAAAGGUUCUACAAUGCGAUACUAAUAAAGACGGAAAUGCAGGUCAAGUACAAGAAGAUGGAAAUGGAAAAUGGAAAGAAGACAGAUGAUAAUGGAAAGAAGACAGAUUAUGUGUGUAAAAUUGGCGAUACCAUAAUCGGUGUAUCCGUCACACGUGCGCGCUCAUACUUCAUCGAUCGGGCCAAGAAAAUAGCCGAAAAGUAUCCAGAUAGAAAUAUCCUCCCAGGCAAACCAUUUUCCCUUGAAGACGCAAUUAAACUGCUAAAAAAGAAACUAGAAUGUAUUAACGAAUCCAAUCGGUACUCUCUCGAAAACUGGACCAAGCAACUACUUCACGUAUGGUCAGCCGAAAAUGACAUCUCCGACAAGCUUGAGCAAGCGUUUCAUAACCUUGAACGUCUUGAACCGGAAUUGGUAUCCAACACGGUUCUGCUUAUAACCACAACAACCGGUACCGCUUGUGAUUUCAUCUACAUGAACGACCGAAAGUCCAUGCAAAAUGAACAAUGCUAUGUCGGCGACAAUCGAUAGUGGUUGUCCAAAAUCGAUGUCGCUAACGUUACCUCCGGUAACUAAGUAAUUUUAAGAAGGGAGGUCACUCUCUUACACAAACGCGGUGAAUGUAAACACUCUCUCAAAAUCACAAAUUGUUUUUAAUUAUUGAUAUCUAUUUCAUAAAACCAGAAAAAUCGGUCUCUAUGGUGUAGUGGGUCCGGUCUUACCUGCAAAUUACGGGGAUCCCGGCUCUAUGCAUUUUGUUUUUGAAACCUUUUUUUGCGGUGAUAUGAACAAAUUUACUUUUUAGUGAAGUAUUAUGAAAUUAAGAUAUUUUUAUGAAAUCUUCCAUUCCGUAUUACAGAUUAUUGAAUGUAAAGAUGUGAACUAUUUAAUAUGUUAUUACAUGGAUAAAAUGCUGAGAUGAUGCGAUGUGCAUCAUUUUUCAAUUUAUGUGCAAUUAUUAAGUAUGUGUUGUGUUGUUAUGUAUUUUAAUUAAGUUAUUUAAGACAGAAAAAGGUUAUGGAUAUUUACUUACUGUUGCAAAAAGCAUGUGAAUAUUGAGCACAAUGCUCGUGGCUUACUUUAUAGAUACAAAUGGAGUGAUGAGAAAAAAAUGAUUAUGUUAUUAAUGCAUCAAAUGAUGUAUGUGUUACAAAUAUGAAUAAUUCUGAUAUAAAUGAAGAAUUGAAUUAUUUUUGCAAUAUUAUAGAACAUGUGUGUUCACAAUUGUUAAAAAAAAGUUGUACUACUAACAAUAUCACUAGUAAUAAUAAAACUGAUGAUGCUAUAUAUUUUGAUGAUGAGUGUAGAUACUUAAAACAUUGUUAUUACAAGAAUUAAAUGUAUACAGGAAUUACCCAUGUGAUUGAAAUAGAAAAGAUAUGGUAGAAGCUAGAAGUAUGUAUAAAAAUACUGUUGCAAAAAAGAAAGAUAUUUAUGAUAGACAACUAACACAAAAGCUAGAAAAGGCUAGAUUAUCAAAUGCUAAACUUUAUUGGAAAUUGUUAAAAGGGUCUAUUGUAAGAACAGAUUUCCUGAAGUAUUUAAAAAACUCAAAUUUUUAUCAACCUGAUGAAGAUAUGAUUCAUUUCCAUGAUAGAUAUAUACUUAAAGAAUUGAAUACUAUGUUUGAGGAACUGAAUGAAUCUUUUACUCAUGUUGAAAUUGUUAAGGCAUGCAAGCAAUUGAAUAAUGGUAAGGCAGCAGGGCCUGAUUAUUUGUUAAAUGAGUUUUUUAAAUAUGGUAUUAAUAGUGAAUGUUUUUUGAAGGCGGUUUGUACUUUGUUUAAUAAGUUGUUUGAUAGGGGAUAUUUUCCAGAGGCAUGAUCAGAAGGCUUUAUUGUUCCAUUACACAAGAAAGGUGAUAAGGAUAAUGCAAAUAACUAUAGGGGAAUUACAUUAUUAAGUACUUUGGUAAAUUAUUUACUAAAAUGAUAAAUAAUAGGUUGAAUUUUUGGGCUUUAAAAUAUCAUGUGUAUAUUGAGGCUCAAGCAGGAUUUAGAUAGAAUAUGGGUACUGUUGAUUAUCUUUGUUUUACAUGGUAGCAUUAAUUAUUUGUUAGAGAAUAAAAUUAGAUUGUAUGCAGGUUUUGUGGACUUUACGAAGGCGUUUGAUUUUUUGGUGAUAGAUAUCAAAAGGUAUAAGCUUUUAAAAUUAGG